AGGACUGAGGGAAAGGCACACGCGCUGCCGGAAGUGGGCGCGCGGUUCUCGCGGUCCGGACCGUGGCGGCAGGGCUGAGGGGUCGCCAUGGAGCAACUUGACCCGGACGCCGCCGGCGAAGAUGCCAUGGACUCGUUCCUGGAAAAGUUCCAGAGCCAGCCUUACCGUGGCGGCUUCCACGAGGACCAGUGGGAGGAGGAAUUUGAGAAGGUCCCCCUGUUUAUGAAGAAAGCGCCAUCUGAAAUUGAUCCCAACGAGAAUCCUGACUUGGCUUGCCUUCAGUCAAUUAUUUUUGAUGAAGAGCGAUCUCCAGAAGAACAGGCCAAGACCUAUAAGGAUGAGGGCAAUGAUUACUUUAAAGAAAAAGACUAUAAAAAAGCUGUGAUUUCGUACACUGAAGGAUUAAAGAAGAAAUGCACAGACCCUGAUUUGAAUGCUGUCCUUUAUACCAACCGGGCAGCAGCACAGUACUAUCUAGGCAAUUUUCGUUCUGCUCUCAAUGAUGUGACAGCUGCCAGAAAGCUAAAACCCUGCCACCUCAAAGCAAUAGUAAGAGGUGCCUUAUGCCAUCUGGAACUGAAAAACUUUGCUGAGGCUGUGAACUGGUGUGAUGAAGGGUUGCAGAUUGAUGCCAGAGAGAAGAAGCUUCUGGAAAUGAGGGCUAAAGCAGACAAGCUGAAGAGAACUGAGCAGAGGGAUAUCAGGAAAGCAAAGUUGAAAGAAAAGAAGGAGCAGAAUCAGAACAAGGCUUUACUCCAGGCCAUCAAGGCUAGGAACAUCAGGCUAGUCUCUGAAGCUGCUGGUCAGGAUGAAGAUUCAGACUCAGAAGGUCUAGGUGAGCUUUUCCUGGAUGGGCUCAGCUCGGAGAACCCCUAUGGAGCCAGGCUGAAUGUAGACGAGCAGGGCAGGUUAAGCUGGCCCGUGCUCUUUCUGUACCCGGAGCACGCCCAGUCGGACUUCAUUGCUACUUUUCACGAGGACUCCAGGUUUAUUGAUCAUCUAAUGGUGAUGUUUGGUGAAACGCCCUCUUGGGACUUAGAGCGGAAAUACUGCCCUGAUAAUUUAGAGGUCUACUUCGAGGAUGAAGACGGGACAGAAUACCAGGUGCCUCUCAAGAGCACGCUACUGCAGGUGCUGCAGCACCCCAGGUACUUUGUAAAAGCCCUGACACCAGCAUUUUUGGUCUGUGUAGGAUCCUCUACUUUUUGUAGGAAUUACCUCCAGGGGAAAAAAGUGCACCAGGUGAAGUAACCAAGCCAGGCGGAGCCAGGGCCCCUGGAUCUCCUCCCUCAUUCGCCUCUGCCUGGAAUCCACCACCUUUGAAUCAGCUGAGCCCUACACUUUAUUUCUGCCACCCUGGGGAUAGUGGUGGGGGGAGAGCUGCUGACUUCCCUGAACUACAUUCUCUCUGGUCAAAGUGCCAAGCUCCAGCUGGUCUCCACUCUCUUCUGUUGAUAC